GGAAAGACAGAGAAGGGAGAGAGAAGGUGUUCUUUUUGAGAGUGUGAGGAGGGGUAAGAGGAGUGUUCGUCCAAAAGUGAGCAAAGUGCGCACCCCUCUUGAGAGAUCUACUGACGCCCUAUCCUCCAGCAUGGCAGACAUCACAUCCGAGCAAUGGAAGGCCAUGCUGGACACAGCGGCCGAGAACGAGAAACCUUUCUUUCAUAUAUUUUAUGAGGACACAAUACACAGAGAGAGGGAGACAGAGGCAGCUGCCAAAGCCACAAGUAUUGUUGAACAAGUGACCCUCCUCGAGGUUCCGGAAUCAAAUGAUGAACGGUUCCAAGAGAAGCUAGCUGUUGUCGUAGCAGCCUUGGUUCGACUGCGGACCUUGGAAGAUAUAGAGUGUCGUGUGACAGCUCUAGAGCAGCGGAACCAAGAGCUGCAGGCUGAGAUAGUCAGCCUCAAAAAGUCCCAAUUGUCGGCCCCCCGUCCUCCUAAUCCUCGACAUGUUGCAGUCCCAGUCUCUCACCCUAACACAGUCCUCAUGUCGAGAGCAAGUGGAACUGUGACGAGCGCAGGAACUGGUGCCAGCUCCUCAAGCGGCAGCGCCGACAGUUCUGCACUGGUCCUAGUUCCAAAUGCAGGAACAUCAACCCAAAACGUCGCAGUUCUUACUGGCGUACAAUACAGUGGUCCCAUAGUGGACAAGAGGGCGGCCACUCUGUCGUCCAAGUACGACGGGAAAUGGGACAUCACCUCUUGGGUUAGCUCCAUGCGCUCCUACUUCGAGGUACUGCGAACUCCGCACGAAGACCGAAGCAUGAUCAUGGGCACAAAUACUGAGCCCGCCGUACGGAGUUUCAUAGAACUCCAAGCUGUUACUGCAGGUUAUGAGAGAAUUGAUAUGACUAAGUGGCUGAAAGUAACUCCUGUACGUACUCUUGAGGACCUCCUCAUCGUGCAAUAUCAAGAUAAGCAUGCUGCGCUCAAGGCAAGGUUGAAGCUUGAGGCCCUCAAGGGCCAAACGUGGAGGACUUCCAUGCAGGCUUUGGAGCAGCACUUGACUGGUCUGUUCACCACUCCAAACCUGGGAUGGACUGACGCGUCUUGCAUGGAUGUGGUUAUGGGAGUGGCCCCUGAAGGAUAUAUCUCCCAGCUAGGACUCAAAGACCAUACGACUUGGCGAGAGCUACUGACGGAUCUAGUCAAUCUAGAAGCCAAGGACCUCGCCAGACGUGUAAAGGCACCCACUGCAGGACUAUUAUCGUCUGCAGCGAAACAGGCAAAGGGCGUAGAAGAGUCAUCAACACUCUCUACAACAAGGGAAGCUGAACGUUUAGUUGCAGGCCCCUCCAAGGAGCCUGAAUCUGAUCAACAGCCUGCUCUUGAAGCGGAGACCGAUGCCGAAUCCAAGGCUGCUGCAGUUCAAGUACUAUACACUGAGCCUUGGGAGGAGACUAAGGAAGUCGACUUCCACUCUCACCUGGAACAUUGGUUGCAGCUCAAGCAACAACGCCGUGUUCAAGGGAGUGUGAAAUUGAUCUUCUUUAAGCUGCUCAUUAACCGCCGAUACAUCCAUGUGCUGAUUGAUAAUGGCUCAACGACUAACUUAUUUUCUCCUAACGGGAUUCGUAAGGCGGGUCUGGGAAUGAAGCAAGUGGAAUUGCAGAACCCUUGUCAGACCCAGGUGGGCAACGAAGAGGUUGUCACCUCAACACAUGCUGUCAAAGGUGUGUGCAUCACUUUUGACAAGGAUCGCACUGUCACAUAUGAGAUGAACUUUUAUGUUAUAGACAAGUAUCCUUUCGACGCGGUCAUUGGCUUGGGCUGGUUGAAGGCUCAUUGCCUAAGGACCAAGUGGGUGGAUAAUCAGUUCGUGAGGGAAAGGGAGGCAGAGGCAGCAGCCAGAGCUUCCAACAUUGCUUAUCAGGUGGCUCUCCUUCGGGUCCUGGAAGCCAAUGCUGACCGGUUCCAGGAGGGACUAGCUGCUGCCGUAGUAGCCUUGGUUCGACUGCGGACCUUGGAAAACCUUGAGUCCCGUGUGACAACACUUGAGCAGCGGAACCAAGAGCUGCAGGCUGAGAUAAUCAGCCCCAAACAGUCCCAACUGUCUGCCCCCCGCCCUCCUAACCCUCCACCUGCUGUAGUCCCAGCCUCUCAAUCUAACAUAGUCCUCGUGGCAAGAACAAGUGGAACUGUGACGAGCGCAGGAACCGGUGCCAGCUCCUCGAGCGGCAGCGCCGGCAGCUCUGCACUAGUCAUAGUCCCAAAUGCAGGGACAUCAGCCCAAAACGCACUAGUCCUUACUGGCGUUCAGUACAGCGGUCCCGUAGUGGACAAGCGGGCGGCCACCUUGCCGUCCAAGUAUGACGGGAAAGCGGACAUCACCUCUUGGAUUAGUUCCAUGCGGUCAUACUUCGAGGUCAUGCGGACACCGCAAGAAGACCGAAGUAUGAUCAUGGGAACUAAUUAUGAGCCCGCCGUACGGAAUCACAUUGAGCUCCAAGUUGUUGCUGUAGGUUAUGAACGAAUUGACCUGACUGAGUGGCUGAAGGUAACCCCUGUACGCACCCUUGAGGACCUUCUCCUCGCACGAUACCAAGACAAGCAUGUUGCACUCAAGGCUAGGCUGAAGCUUGAGGCCCUCAAGGGUCAAACAUGGAGGUCCUCCAUGCAAGCUUUGGAACAGCACUUGACUGGUCUGUUCACUACUCCAGAUCUGGGAAUGACUGAUGUGUCUUGUAUGGAUGUAGUUAUGGGAGUGGCCCCUAAAGAAUACCUCUCCCUGUUGGCACUCAAAGACCAUACCACCUGGCGAGAGCUCAUGACGGAUCUAGUCAACCUAGAAGCCAAGGACCUCGCCAGGCGGAAGAAGGCGCCCGCUGCAGGACUGUUUUCGACUGCAGGGAAACAAGCAAAGGGCGUAGAGGAGUCCUCAGCACUCCCUACAACAAGGGAAGCUGGAACAUCAGUUGCAGGCCCCAUUGAUGAGCCUGAAUUUGAUCAGCAGCCCACUCUUGAAGCUCGGAACGACGCUGAAUCCAAGGCUGCUGCAAUUCAUGUGCUUUACACUGAGCCUUGGGAGGAGUCUAAGGAAGUUGACUUCCACGCUCACAUGGAACAUUGGCUGCAGUUCAAGCAGCAACGCCGUGUUCAAGGGAGUGUGGAGCUAACAUUCUUUAAACUGCUCAUUAACCGCCGUUACAUCCGCGUGCUGAUUGAUAGUGGUUCAACCACUAAUUUCUUCUCUCCUAACGGGAUUCGUAAGGCGGGCCUAGGAAUGAAGCAAGUGGAAUUGCAGAACCCUUGUCAGACCCAGGUGGGCAACCAAGAGGUUGUCACCUCUACACAUGCUGUCAAAGGUGUACGCGUCACCUUUGACAAGGACCGCACUGUCACACAUGAGCUCAACUUCUAUGUCAUGGACAAGUGCCUGUUCGACGCGGUCAUUGGCUUGGGCUGGUUAAAGGGUCAUUGCCUAAGGACCACGUGGGCGGACAAUCAGUUCAUGGUGCGUGAUGCCAAGGGGAAUGAGCGUACUGUCCUAUUGGAUGAGACGCGCGAGUCCCCUGUGACUCUUCUAACGGCGCAAGAAGGAGAUACAAGAGAAACUGCGAGAGCAACAGGCGCUGCUCGCAAGGCAGAGAAACAAGAGGCUGCAGAGCUUGAAGCUGCAACAUAUGCUUCUAGAAAAGAGCAUCUGCUGCAGCAGGCUCAGAAGACUUUUGCAGAUGGCAGAGUGGCCCAGUGUACACGGGACCUAGCUGAGCUGAUUUUGUUGCAGGACAAACUUACAGCCAACCAUUUCACAAACUGGGAUGAGAGGAUCCAGCGGCUGGAGACCCGAGUGGCUGAUCUGGAAACUCAGCAGUCAAAGAUCCUGGAUGCUAUCCAGAAUCUGACUGCUCAGUUAACAGCAGCCAACGUCAUUAGUCCCCUGGUCCCUGUGGUCCCCUCUCUGAAGCCUAAGAAGCCUUCUCAGCCCCCUUCUCCACCUCCUUCUCCACCUCUUGUGUCUCCUCAUUCUUCGCACAAGGCUUCUCCCUCAGUCUCCUCCCAGGCCAAAGCCACACCUCCUCCCACCUUUGCUGCUAUUGUUGCUGGGGACCACAGAGGUCCCAAGAUUCCUGCCCCCAAUAAAUUCAAGGGGGAUGACCCCAAGAUUGAUGUGGGGGACUGGGCAGCUGGAACCCGGGCCUAUCUGAAGGGGUUCCAGUGCCCAGAGCAGCAAAAGGUGGCCACUGUUGUGGGUCUGCUGGAGGGGCCUGCCCAGAAAUGGGCUACCUCUACAGCAAGUGCCCAGAGUCAGACUUUGGAGGACUGGGCAUUGGCACUGGGGGCUGGCAAACUUUUGCAGGCCCUGGAAGAUAGGUUUGCAGACAAAGAGAGAGUCCGCAAAGCUGCUGAUAAGAUAGUACGCCUGGGCCAGCAGCGUUACAGCGGGAGUCUGCAGGCCUUAUUCGCUGAAUUUGAGCAGCUGACUUCCACCCCUGGAUUGGUUAUGUCUGCUGAUGAUUUGUUGACUAACUUUUGCAGGGUCGUGCCUGAAAAGUUUUGUGUUGCUUUGUACAGCGCCGGUCAUAAAGACUGGAGAUCUUUUGGACGCGCAGCACUGGACAUGGAAGCCAAGCUUCAUGUCCUGGCCCCCUCCAGUGACAGGAGGAGAGGCGCCUUCCCUCGCGGUGGUAGAAAGGGAAAGGCGGCCUUUGCAUAUGCGGGUUCUGGGUCAGCUUCUGAGACAGGAUCCCAGCCUGUAAAAAAACUGCACCUGGGCAUGAAAGUGGUGCAACUGCAGCAACCGCUGCAGGUCAGGAUAGGGGACUCCACUGUUCUGACUAUCAGGGAGAAGGUCAGGGGUAUCCCUGUUACCUUCGACAGCGCUGGAGAAGUCAGACACAAUCUGAACUUCUACAUCUUCCCUGACCUCCCUUUUGAUCUUGUUUUCUCCAUGCAGCAGCUGAGAGCAGUCAACCCUAGGAUCGACUGGCAGAUCCCCAAGGUUGAGCUGCCAAACAGCAAGGGGGUGUAUCAGCCUUGUAUGAUUGCAGCUGAUCACCACCCUAAGACAUCCUGCUUCUGCUUGAGAGCGAGAGAGUUUUAUGCUCUCUCUCGCCAGUACGACCAUGAGCGUCUGUUUAUAGCUCUGGUCAAGCAGACAGACGCUCCCAUUACUCCCUGUCCUCCUGAGGUACAGCAGGUUGUGGACCAGUACGCUGAUCUGAUGCAGGAGCCCUUUGGAUUACCCAACCGGCCAACCAAGCAUCGCAUUGAGCUGCUGCCUGGAGCGGUCCCUCCCAAGGGCCGCAUCUACAGGAUGUCACCUGCUGAGCUUGAGGAGCUCAGGCGACAGCUUGAGACCCUGACCAGCAAGGGCUGGAUCAGGCCCAACACUUCUGAAUUCGGUGCUCCAGUCCUCUUUGUUCCAAAGGGGAAUGGUGAGUUCAAAAUGUGCAUAGACUACAGGGGUCUCAACAAGAUCACUAGGAAGAGCACAGAGCCACUUCCUAGGAUCGAUGACCUUCUGGAUAUGGUCCAGGGCUGCACCAUUUUCAGCAAAGUCGACCUCAAAUCAGACUAUCACCAGAUUGAGAUGGCAGAGGAGGACGUCCACAAGACGGCCUUCAAAACCAGGUAUGGCACUUAUGAGUACCCGGUGAUGCCAUUUGGACUUUGCAAUGCACCUGGCACAUUCCAGACUGAGAUGCAUCGCAUAUUCAGGUCGUACCUGGAUAAGUUUAUGGUUGUCUACCUGGAUGAUAUCCUGGUAUUCAGCAAAACUACCAGGGGACAUGCGGAGCACCUGGCUCUGGUUCUUCAGCCGUUACGUGGCAGCCAGUACAAGAUCAACAAAGAGAAGUCCUCUUUUGGAGUUCCCUCUGUGAUCUAUCUGGGUCAUGUAAUCUCUGGAGAUGGACUGGCCCCUGAAGCAGCCAAGAUUGCUGCUAUUCAGGAUUGGCCACAGCCCCAGACAGUGAGAGAUGUCCGGUCUUUCUUGGGUCUGGCCUCUUACUACAGAAAGUUCGUCAGGAACUUUUCUGCAGUGGYUGCACCCCUGACUAACCUCACAAAGAAAGACACUCCCUUUCUUUGGUCCCUUCACUGUCAGAUGGCCUUUGCACGACUCAAACAGGCCUUGACUCGUGCACCUGUUCUGAAGUUACCUCACCCCACUUUGCCUUUUGUCAUGAUGACUGACGCCAGUCAGUAUGGCAUUGGGGCAGUACUUCAGCAGGAUGAUGGGAAUGGUCUGAGACCUGUAGAGUUUAUGAGUAAGAAGAUCAAGACUCAGAAGCUUCAGGACUCUACCUACGAGAAAGAGUUGUAUGCUCUUGUCAGUGCCCUGAAACACUGGAAACACUUUCUCCUGGGCAAACACUUCAAGAUCUUUUCUGAUCAUUCCACUUUGCAGUGGUUGAAGUCCCAGGGAGAGUUAAAUGAUAAGUUGGCACGUUACAUUCAGUUCAUUGAUCUGUUUGACUUUGAACUGAAACAUAAGAAGGGCUGCUACAACAAAGCAGCUGACGCCCUCUCUCGUAGGCCUGACUCUUUUGCGUUGAUCUCCUCUACUCAUUCCUUUGGAGAGGACGUCCGUCAGACCAUUGCUCGUUCACUGCCUCAGGAUCCGACUUAUGGACCCAUCGUCAGGAAUCUGCAAGCAGAUCCCAACUCUGAACCUGGCUAUGUCCUGAGUUCAGAUCUGCUGUAUACUUAUAGUAGAGGAGAGGAGCGUUUGUGCAUCCCUGAGGAUCAACAGAUGUGGACACUGCUGAUGUCAGAGUGCCACGACGCGCGUGGACACUUUGGGUUCCUAAAGUCGUAUGCAGCUCUGUCGCAGCGCUUCUUCUGGAAGGAGAUGCGGAGUGAUAUGCUGCGGUAUGUGGACACCUGUGAGCUCUGCCAAAAGAACAAGGUUCAACGUAAACCUCCUUUGGGAUUGCUCAAACCUUUGCCCAUACCUAAUGGUCCUGCCCAGUCUGUAUCCAUUGAUUUUACAGACUUAGGCAAGACUACCCCUCGUGGCAUGCGUCAGGUCAUGGGCUGCGUGGACAGGUUUUCCAAAUACGCAGAGUUCAUCCCCUUGCCAGAGGUAACCAUGGUACCGGCUGUGAGAGCAGCCUUUUCUGAGAGGUUCUCCAAAUACGCAGAGUUCAUCCCCUUGCCAGAGGUAGCUAGGGUACCGGCUGUGAGAGCAGCCUUUUCUGAGAGGUGGGUCACGCACCAUGGACCGCCCACCUCCAUUGUUAGCAGAUUCUGCAGCGAUGAGUGGCAGUCCUACUGUAAGGACUAUCUACACUCACGCCUGGACAUGACUUCAGGUCGUCAUCCUGAAGCCAAUGGAUUGGCUGAAGUGAUGAACCAAGUCCUGUUCCAGUUGCUACGUCUUGUGAUCUCUCCAGAUCAGCAGGAUUGGGAUCUCCACUUGGCGAAGGCACAGCUCAUGUAUAACAUGUCUGUCCACUCCUCGACACGGUUCAGUCCCUACCGGUUACACUGGGGACGUGAGCCACGACAGCCUCUCGAUGAUAUCAUCGACAAGGCUAAGCCUGACCUUACCCCAGACACUGCUGAGUUCGCCAGACGUUAUCGUCUGGAUGUGGAAAGAGCCCGGGCGAACUUGUUCAAGGCCCGAAAGGCCAUGAUCGAACAAGCUAACCGCCACAGGCGGCCUUCCCCCAUCCGUACUAGUGACUAUGUGUGGGUGGCCAGUUCUGAGUUGUCGAGGGAGGAGGAUAUUUCUCCCAAGCUGUUGCCACGCUACCUGGGUCCGUGGCAGGUUCUAGAUACAGUGGGCGUUGAUCCCUUCGGUUCUUCGUACGUUAUCGACGUUCCGCUGCAUCUACGAACCUAUCCGGUCUUUCAUGCAUCUAAGCUGCUGCCUUUUACGCCAGCUGAUGCAUUUCCUGACCGGCCCCCUCAAUGGGGCCCACCAAUCCCUGGCAAGGGAUAUGAUGUGGUGGCCAUUGAGGAUGAGUGGGUCACUGGCCCCGACCGACAGUAUCUUGUCAGGUUUGCUUUCCAGCCCCCUUCUGAGAACCGAUGGUUCUACAGAAGAGACCUGAUCAAGACAGCAAAGUCUGUGGUACUGCGGUAUGAGACGGCUCAGAAGGGUAACCUUCGCCGUUCGCCUCAUCUGCACCCCUAGCUCUGAGGUCCUCGCUCCCGGGGAGGGUAAGCCUGCAUAGACUUGUUGAUUCCUGCUGUCGAGAUUGUCAGCGAGGCUGUAUACUAACCUGUAG